UGAAGUUGUGGCGAGCUCCGAGGAAGAAGGGAGGAGUUUGCCAGCUGCUAAAACGGUCACACCCAUGACCUACUGUAUAGAUAUAGCGGAGUGCAGGAGCUUCACGGCACCAGAGCCGUAGGAUAUUCAUAAACCGCAGAUUGCAUAGAUUUACCUCUUCUGUAGAUAACGCUAAAGAGGAUUUUAAUACGACUAAGAAAUAAUUUUACACCGGAGGCAUUUAGCAUAGCCGUAAACGAGGACUGGUAGCUUUGGACAGCAGCAUGUCGGUGAAGACGGGUGGGGCCCAGACGAAAUGGGUCGCUCUCAAGAGCAAACUGAACACCUCCCCAGACCCCGACACCCAAGCGGAGGCCAACCUCGAGAAUGCGGAUCCGGAGCUGUGCAUCCGCCUGCUGCAGGUGCCCACGGUGGUGAACUACUCAGGGCUGAAGCGCCGGCUGGAGGGCAGCGACCGGGCCUGGAUGCUGCAGUUCCUGGAGCUCAGCGGCCUGGAUCUGCUUCUGGAGGCCCUGGACCGGCUGUCCGGCCGCGGCUGCUCCCGAAUCUCGGACGCCCUGCUGCAGCUCACCUGCGUCAACUGUGUGCGUGCCAUCAUGAACUCCUCCUACGGCAUCACCUUCAUUGUGGAGAACGAGGGCUACAUCCGCAAGCUGUCGCAAGCUCUGGACACUACAAAUACUAUGGUGAAGAAGCAGGUGUUUGAGCUGUUCGCUGCUCUCUGCAUAUAUUCCACUGAAGGCUACAACUUGGCCUUCGAUGCUCUGGAACAUUAUAAGAGUGUAAAGAGCCAGGUGUACCGGUUCAGUGUCAUCAUGAAUGAGCUACAGACCACAGACAAUGUGCCUUACAUGUGCACCCUUUUGAGCUUCAUCAAUGCACUCAUUCUGGGAGUUGAGGACCUGCAUCUUAGGGACAAAAUCAGAAAGGAAUUCAUAGGGCUACACUUGUUGGAUAUACUGCCGAAUUUAAGGGAGAAGGAGGAUGUAGACCUGAUUAUCCAAUGUGAAACAUUUGAGGAAAUAAUGUCUGAGGAUGAGGAAGAACUGUUGAGGAUCUAUGGAGGCAUCGAUAUGAGCAACUAUCAAGAGGUUUUUACCACACUCUUUAAUAAGGUGAGCAGUACUCCUGUUUCUGUCCAGCUGCUGUCAAUUCUCCAGGGUCUUUUGCAUCUAGGGCCUGCGAACUGCAACAUCUGGCAAGCACUAGAUAUCCUCACCAACAGAGCUAUACUGCUGGCUGAAGACGUUCGUGACGACUCAGUUGAAACCAUUAUGAAACGUCUGGUAAUCUCCAAAAGAAGAUCCUGCUGGGAAACUGCCACUAAUGGAAGUUCAUCAAAGAAGGUGGACACGGGGGUGCAGACUGAAUUUACAGGUGUUGGACAUGAGAGAUCCAUCCACUGCCCUGUUUCUGUGACUGUGCCAGCUUCCUGUCAGAGUGGGAAAACAACGCCUUCACCCCCUCUACCUGAUACGGGGAGUCCAAUACCUUCUCCUUCAACACCUGUGCCUGGGGUUGUGCCACCUCCUCCUCCACCUCCCCCUCCUCCACCUCCUCUGCCAGGUAUGGGUGGGGCCAUGCCCCCACCCCCUCCUCCACCUCCUCUGCCAGGCGUGGGUGGGGCCAUGCCCCCACCCCCUCCUCCACCUCCUCUGCCAGGCGUGGGUGGGGCCAUGCCCCCACCCCCACCUCCACCUCCUCUGCCAGGCGUGGGUGGGGCCAUGCCCCCACCCCCACCUCCACCUCCUCUGCCAGGCAUGGGUGGGGCCAUGCCCCCUCCUCCACCUCCUCUGCCAGGCAUGGGUGGGGCCAUGCCCCCUCCUCCACCUCCUCUGCCAGGCGUGGGUGGGGCCAUGCCCCCUCCUCCACCUCCGUGUCCAGGAAUGGGCGAUGUUGUCGUGGCUCAGACCUCCCAGUCCCUCGGUUUUUCCGUUCCAGCUUCUUACAGGUCCAAAUGUUACCCCACCCUUAGAAUGAAGAAACUCAACUGGCAGAAGCUUCCUUCCCAAGUGCUCACAGAUAGCCAUUCCCUUUGGUCUUCAGUGCAGCAGCAAAACAGCCCCUUGGAGCCUGACUACUCCAGCAUUGAGCAGCUCUUCUGCCUGCCUGUGGCCCAGCCCAAAGGCAAGGAAGCCACCACACCAGUCAAGAAGGAACCCAAAGAGAUUACGUUUAUUGAUGCCAAAAAGAACCUAAAUCUAAAUAUAUUUUUGAAGCAAUUCAAGUGCUCCAAUGAAGAAUUUGUUGCCAUGAUUCGGAAUGGCGAUCGCUCCAAAUUUGACGUGGAAGUAUUGAAGCAGCUUCUGAAACUUCUUCCUGAAAAACAUGAAAUUGAAAAUCUGAAGUCAUACCAAGGAGAGAAGGAGAAACUGGCAAAAGUGGAUCAAUUUUAUCUCCUGCUUUUGGCUGUCCCAUGCUACCAGCUGCGGAUUGAGUGCAUGCUGCUGUGUGAAGACACAGCCUCCGUGCUGGAAAUGCUGAGGCCUAAAUCUGAACUGAUCCAUACUGCCUGUGAAAGUCUCCUUACAAGCACACGAUUGCCAAAUUUCUGUAGACUAAUUCUUGAUGUUGGGAACUUUUUAAACUAUGGAACUCACACAGGAAAUGCAGAAGGAUUUAAAAUUAGCACCCUUUUGAAACUAACCGAGACCAAGGCAAACAAGUCGAGGAUCACGCUACUACAUCACAUCCUGGAGGAAGCUGAGCAAAACUACCCUGAUUUGUUAAACCUACCAGAUGAUAUUAAAGUCUGUGUAAAAGCUUCAGGAAUUAACAUAGAAUCCAUCCAGUCAGAAGCUAGCUCCCUUUCCAAACGCCUGAAAGAUGCCGCAAAGAAGAUAGCCUCAUCUGUGGAAGAUAUGAAAGAGCAAUUUGAAAAAGUGACACAGCAAAAUCUAGAAGAAUGUCUGAAACUUGAAGACCGUUUUGUAGCCAUAGAAAAGAAGAAGGAGGAGCUAGCUACUUACCUGUGUGAAGACCCAAGCAAACUGUCCUUAGAGGAGCUUUUUAACACCUUAAACACCUUCCAAGGCCUCUUUGUGAAGGCUCUCAAGGAGAACCACACAUGGAAAGAGCAGGCUGCGAAGGCAGAGAAGCGGAAGAAGCAGCUUGAAGAGGAGGAGUCCAAGAGGCAGAAGGGGGCAAAUGGAAAGAUAAUAAGAAAAGUCCCCGCAAAGCAGGAGGAAGGCUGCAUUAUCGAUUCUCUGCUGGCUGACAUCCGGAAGGGCUUCGCUCUGAGGAAGACUGCACAGCCCAGGUGCGAAACAGAAAGCCUUCCCUCUAGUGAAACACACAGAGGUAAAACACAGCCUGACAAGUGUGCUAUUUCUGCAGGUGAAGAAGGAGCCUCAGCAUCCGCAGACCCCACGAUGGACAGCAGUCAACUAAAUGGGACCACGACACAACCCCUGGAAAAAGACGACACACUUUCUCCUUCUGCAACCGACCCCAUAAAAGAGGCAGAACAUGACGUUGGUAAUCUACAGCCUGGCCUCCCUGCUGAGAACCCACCAGAGUUGAGAGAUGAUGUUUCAGAAGAGAAGAAUGCAGCUACAGAGCUUCUUUCUUCUCCUCCUCCUCCUACCAUCCCGGACAAUGACCCGCCUGAACUGAACAAUAAUGGAAAAGGAUAUGAAGUGGAAACAAUGACUUGUGCAGCUGACGAAGCGCAGGAGGACUGCGAGGCUGAAAAAAAGUUUGCAGCAAACUCUGACAGUGAAGUGACCAUCCAGCACAGUGGAGGUCCGUUUCUGCCCAGCGACCAAGACUGUUGUGACCCUGCCUCACAAAAUGCCGACAGGAGUAAUGACACGCCAUCGGCAGCAUAUGCAGAUGAUAACCGUCAUGCCUUAUCCCAGUGCUCUACUUCAAACUCAGCCACCAAAGAAAAUGAUGUGAUUGAUGGUCAGGAUAUUGUAAAUGUAUCCGAGGUGCCAAUCACAGUGAAUGAUUCAGAAGGAAGUUCUUCCAAGUCAGCAGACUGCACAAAACCUGAAUCUAAAAGGCUGCCUAAGCACUUCAGAAAGAAUAGAAAGAGUGGAGAAGCUGUUCACAAUGGAAAUGGACACAAAAAUUCUAAAAAGGGUUGUGUGAUGCAGUAAGGUUUGUCCAAAAAGAAGAAGACAAAAGUCAAACAGAAAUCUUGAGAUUUUAAGUGGAGAUCUCCUCACAAGCCUUGAAAAGUAUUAUCACAGAACUCUGCAAACUCCUGUGGGAGUAGCAGUUCUUGUCAACUGUGUUUAUGGAACAAAUCAAUUGUUUGAAAUGCAGUUGAAUUCAGCAGAACGAAGACUGGGAUUUGUUUUACGCUCCAAGGCUCCAGUUAAUUCCCCUGUUCACACUUUUGAGGGAAAAAAUUAUCCUUCUUUAAGAAUUGAAGAUCUUCAGAAGUCAAGCACAUGAAUAGCCCACAACGUGCAGCACUGGCAAAGAUACAAGUUCAUUAUGGACAACAUCAGAAAAUCAAUUGUGGCUGAUCCGACCAAUUGUACGACACGGUUACAGAAACCUGCAAGAAUGAAUUCCUAAUUCUUCUUCCAUGGAGAACUUUGUAAAUACGUUUUGCAUAUUUGGGAGACAAAAAAUUGAAUAUUUUCAAACAUGUAAUCCAUACUUUUCCACGUUGUCAACAAAUGUAUAGCAAGUGUUUCCAAGUUGCUCCGUUUUCUCUGUCACAGAAGCAUAACAACACAAAACUAAGUGGCCCAUAUCGGACUUCACAGGUUUCGUUCACAUUUGACAAUACAGUGUUGCCACUGUUAGGCCAUUAAUGGUCUAAAGCCAUGAGCAUUAUUUCAAAUUGAAUGUGAAUAAAGAUUAAUCAAUGAAAAAAAAAUCAUAUGUCUCUACUGAGCUAUAGAGAAAGUUUUAGUGAACAUUUGAAUGUAAUUACAGCAAGGAAGAUCUUUGUGAUCAGCAGGCAUAUUUUUUAUUUUCCCAUAUAUUUCUUGUGGGUUGCAAGGUGUCAUGGCACAUUGGGGCCUGUGUCGUGAUUGCAGACUGGAGCACUGUCUGUUAGGAGUUCGCGUGUUCUGCCCCUGUUUGUGUGCAUUUAGUCUGGGUACUUAAGUUUCUUCCUGCCUCCCAAAGACAUGCUGGCUAGAUUAUGUCUUUCAACUGUUCUCUGUGCAUGUUUUUCCUUCCAGGAUGUAGUCUUGACUUGUGUUCCCAGGAUAGACAGUGGGUUGCAGCAGACCUGAAUAGGAACAAGCAGCUUCCAUGAAUAGAUAUAUUCCUUGCAUAUACUUAGUAAUGGUCACCAGUAUUAACUUUUCAGUGCUAGAUGGGUUAUUUAUUAGUUUUAUUUUUAUUGAAACAAAUAAUGUACACAUAAAUAUAUUUGAUAUACUGUAUGUGGUGAAAAAACGAUGUAAUCAUUCAGAGGUUCUUCAGAGAAAGAACUUUUGUAAAAUAAGAAAUAAUUUAUGAUUUCCAUUUGUCGCAUUCAAGAGACCAAGCUGACUGCAUACAGAAACAUUUUUUGUGGGUUGUAAAAACACAUUAUUGUAGUGCUGUAUAAACAUCAAGAGAUUACUUUUAUCAAAAAAGGGAAACAAAUAGGUGCAAUCCUGGAGUAAUCCUUGAGGGUUUUAAAGAUGAUCCAUAGUAUGAGUCUUGAUGCAUCUUAAAGGUUUCUGAAACACAUUUUAUAACAAAAAUGAAAAUAAUAAGAUCUACCUACAGUAUGAAUGAGGAAAGCUCACAAGGCAGUAGAUGUACAGGAAAAUGAGGGUUAAGCUCCUUCAUUAAAUUUUCUGUAUGUUCUUAAGGGCUGGAAGGUGAUACCUACUGUACCAAAACAUGAAUAUUAACUUGCACAUCUUAACACUUGCCAAAAGUCAUAGGCAUUUACUGUAGGUAAGUCCCCCUUAGCUGUGUAUCUUGGUCACAACUGUGGAUUAAAAAGGGGUAUGAACAUGUGUACUUGUACAGUAAAUCCACUUUCCAAAAAAACUCCAAUGAUUUGUUAUAAUACAGAAGGGCAAGAGAUGACUGUUUCCAAACUGAGAACAAAGCAUGGUUUUAAAAUUGUGUUUUAGUGACAACCUGGAAGUUGCGCAGGCUUGCUCCUUUAAUUCAGCUGUUACUGAGGUAAAGAGAAAAGGCAGUGUGUGCCUUAGUUUUCUGUUGUACAUGUACUGUAUGUACAGCAGUACAGUAUGUAUGUUAUACAUAUCCUUCCUGCUGGCUGUUCCUGCUUGGAUUUCUAAUUGUUGUGCUCAGUGAAAAGGCUUACCAAAGCCAUACACAGUCAUGUCAUAAGAAAGAGUCAGAUGUGAUUAAGCACAUACAUCUUAAUCAACAGGCUCAAAUACACUGCACAUUGCUAAUUUCCUUCUCCUCUAUACCAAUAAGGUAUAGCAGUAAGGUUUCAUGCUACUUUUUCUUUACUAGAGUCUAGCACGGCAAAUAAUACUUUAAGUAGAAACAUGAAUAAACAUUUUUUUUAGAAAUCAAUCAGAAAUAAUGCAUCAUAUAUAAAGUACUCCUUUAAACCUUUUCUUCUGUACAGGUCAGAUUGCUAUGUAAAAUUUACUUUUAUUAAUGUAUUUUUGCAGUAUGUUCUUUGAGCUGAUUAGCGUACUGUGUCAUUGCAUUUUUACUUAUUGAAGUUGUCAACAUGAUCUGAAACGAGUCAUAAUGCCUUAAUGUUCUAAAUAAAUUUAUGAAAGCUGUUUUAACUGAUCUGUUCUUAUGAACCGCGAUAUAAAUGAUAUCAAACCUU